AUGACCUCGUCGCUUGCUGCUCAGCUCGCCAACGUGCGCUCGCUUAAUGCGGAGCGACUCACUUCGUCAGCAUCACUGGUCAAACACACUUCGUACCUCUUUCCUCCCAAAACAGCAGCGCAGCAGGAUCUGUUCACCGUACACGCGCUUGGAGCCAGCGGAUGGACAGAGCUCUCGGCUGAAAAUGCGUCUUUGCAAAGAUGGUCGCAGUCUUCGCUCCUCUUUGGAGACGAGAGCAGAAGUAUGGACCGACUGAUGCUGCCCAAAGAGGAGAAUGACACCAUCGACAAGGCUGUAGACGAGUUUCUUCAUCUCGCCGCACCCUUUCUGCUCUCCAAGGGCGCAUCCAAGUGUCUCGAAUGGCUCGUUCGACGUUUCCGCGUUCACGAAUUCAGCGUCGAGCAUGUACUUGCCGCCUUUUUGCCAUACCACGACACGCAGCAGUUUGCACGUAUGCUCUCCAUCUGCAAGCUAGAUGGCAAACCACACUUGCAAUUUCUGUUAUCCGUCAAAAAGACCGCCAGCCCUCUUCCUGCUGGCGUCUUGCACACUGCUAUCCUCGCGCCCGCUACCACCACUGCUAGCUUGGAUCUUCUGCGUUGGAUCUCGGGACUCCUCGCCAAUGACGUCUCCUACCAGCUCCAAGUGUCCCCACACCGUGCGCUCGUCAACUUCUGGACUUCGACCUUGGUCCAGAUUUGCGCCGCCCGCUCCCGACCCGACGAUAAUCAGCAGCUCGCUGGCCUGUCCAAAUCGACGAGCAACUCGAAAAAGUCGACCAAGACUCGCGCAGCAGAUGCCCAGGCCAUCCUCACCAUCCUGCUGCCAUCCGCGGUCAGGGUGGCCGGUACCGCUUCACUGGGCCAGGAUGCACAGAUGGGAGGUUUCAUGUUACUUUGCACUAUCUCUCAGUCCUUCCCACUCAGCAAAGAGGCUAUUCAGGGCGUCUUGACCAGUUUGGCAAAGCUGCUGUCCACGUCUCAUGUCGUCCCUGCAGUCAAUCGCGCCCUCAUCGCUUGCGCUUUCGCCCUAUGUGCAAGCCCGAUUGCGACUUCCGACCCUCUUACGACCCAGUCUACGUCUGCUGAUCGACUGAUUCCAGAUAGUUUGACAGCAGUGCUUGUGUCAUCGACAGAUGCCAGCAAUUGCAUCGGUGCGCUUGCCAAAUCGUAUGACGCCCGUGCCUUUUUGGCUCACUUUAUCGCUGCCCUAACGGCUCGUCUCUCGCAUGCGCCAUCCGCUGAUCUGCUCAGUGCCAUUCUGCGUGGUCCAGCAGUUCAAGACAAUCUCUGCAUCCAAGCUAGCGAGUUGCUCCUUCGUCUCCGUCUGGGCGCCUCUGUCGGCUCGUCUCAAGCCCAGGAUACUGCUUUCGAAGCGCACUUUGUCAACGAUGCCGUCAACGAAGCCCACAGGAACCGGCUACGUGUUCUGCAAACUGUGCGAAACCGCAAGCCGCACGUCUUCGAUACGGCUUUGCACAAUUGCACACGCAAACAUCAGUCGGAAGCCGUUAUUGCCGCUAUCUGGCAGACAGUGCAGGCGGUCCUGGCCAUUGAGUCGGGUAUUCCCCUGCAAGAUGCUUCUCAAGGCAAACACGACGAACAAGGUCGAUCUGAUAUCCUUUGGCUCUCGAUCCACUCUGCUGACGCCUCGCAACGCUGCCUCGCACUCAAGCAGCUCUUCAAGGACAUCAAGGAAGGCCGUGCUUUGCCACAGGACACCAUGGUCAGAGAAGCUCUGCAUGCGCGCAUCCAAGACUCGUCCAUCGACGUCCUUCAAAUCCUCUACUCGCAGCCUGCCGCUGUCCUCAACGCAUUUGAUGCGCGUACCCUGCUGACGAUGAUUGCAGAAGCUCUAGACGAGGGCCGAAUUGCCGUCGAUCGCUUCACCCAGCAUCUCUCCUUUCUUCUCAACCCUUAUCUCAAAGAGCAUGCCGACGCAAACGACCAAGUGGCUCGACGAGCAGUCUGGCCUCACUUGUUGCAUAGCCCAUCUCGCCUUGCCAAUGCUAGCUCGGCCAUCAAGUUGCUUUCUCAGAGCAGCAACACCAACGGCGUGCUGAGCUUGAUCGCAUCCUUUGCCGCCAAAUAUGAAGAUCCCACCCACGUGAAUGAUGCUAUUGCACGCGCUGUGGCCGCUCAUCUUGUCUCGGUCUCGGCAGAAGACCGAAAGGAUUGGGUCGACUUCCUCACUUCAACCGCACGACCAUCGCAGACUACGGCCACUGCCUCGAGGGAUCUUGCUUUGCUAUCUCUGAUUCAUCUCUCCGACAAGAUCGCAGGUGAUGACCUUGUCUCGCUUUCCGAGACCAUCCUUCGAAACGUGGUGUUGCCUUCGCUCACCGUGUUGGGUGCUCCGACUGCAGAGCACUUACAGCAGCUGUCGUCGCUUACUCUCAAUGACGCUCUUACGUCUCUGCAACACGUCAAGCAGCUCGAAACGCUCUUCAAGCAUGCUGCUACGGAACAAAGCGCUAUACUGCUGGUCAACCAUCUUCUUGUCCAGCUCGUUCGCCGCGCCGAGGUUCCUGCCUUUGACACCUACUUGACCUCGCAAGUGUCGCCAGAAUUGCAGCGCGCAAAGACCAUCUUGACAAGCCUGUACUCGGUCAUCAACACGGCUCCACUUCCGACUUCGCUGUCCAAGUUGCUGUUGCGGAUUCUGCUCUUCAAGCUCGGUGAUUCCAGCCUGCCUUUCCUUGCGUCCAUCUGGACCAACACCUCGGGCUCUUACACUGCCGCUGUGCGACUGGCCGCCCUUCGUCAUGCUGAUGCUUACUUGCAAGCCCAGGUGCAAGCGAUUUCUCAGCAAGAGGCAAGGGACUUUCAGGUCGUUGUUCCGCUUCUGCUCACCGCUCUCGCAGACGCAGAGGCUGCUAUUCGACUUGCUGCCAUUGCUUGUCUUGCACACAUCCUUGCAAUCUGCAAGUACGCCGGAGACCUCGCCAAGGCAUCCAAGAAGAAAGCCAAGGAGCUCGACAUUUUUGGCUACGAGUCGUUCCACGGUGCUGCAACCUCAGACCCAAUGCAGUACAUCGAUCUUGUCUCGCUAGCUCCUUAUCUAGAACAAAUUAUCGAGAGCAAGUCUGCUUUCCGUAACGAUGCCGCUCUGCUGCCUCGGCUGCAUGGCGAGCUUCUUCAGAUCGGUCGACAGGAUGGACGCAAAGAAGUCGGACACAAGCACGCCAUGGUCUGCUUCAUAGUCUCCCACAUUCUGUGCAUCGACUCCCUCCCCAGUCGGCUAGUGCUGUUGCAGUCGCUUUCCAGAGUCAGCGACGCAGCCAAGCUCGAGAUGCUGCUGCCGCUCAUUCGCGAAGUUGUCGAAGGCAACGUGGCUACGGCCACCAAUGGACUUCGCAAUGUCGAAGACCGCGAGCUGUACCUCGAGCUCCUGUUUGCUUCUUACGACCGAGGCUGCCGUGAUGUCGUCGAACAGGCUGCCAGCGGGGCUUGGCCACUCUACCUGAAGGCGCUGGAGGGCAGGGACGGCAAGCGACAGGUGCAAAAGGCAGCCGUCCGAGCACUCGACAAGGCAGGUCUGUUCGCCACUCUGUCGCCCAUCAUGCGAAAGGAGAGCUACCUGCACCUGGCAAGCGUCGUUGCCGACCCGUCGGUGCCGGCCUCUCCCGAAGUUGCGUCUGCGCUGCGCGAGCUUAAGGUGGACUCUGCCAUCUUGAUCGCCGUCCUCUCCGAGCUGCGCGAGGCCAUCACCUCCAAGGCACUCAGCGGUCCCGAAUCGAAGCGCGCACGCACAUCGCUGAGUUCGGACGAGACGAUGAAGCGCACUUGCGCCAUUCUUGCGGCCGUGCUCGAGUCGGCUGUGGGAAGCAGACUCAUGUGCACCCCUGCUUUGCUCUACGAGCUCUUUGAGGUUCUUCGCGUCGCUGUUGACUUGCACUCUGGCUUGCUCGCCACCAACGGCGAGCAUAUGAUGCAGCUCGCCAUGUCCUGCAUCGAAAAGCUGGUGGGCAGCUUGCCCAAGUCGGCUGCAACAAUUCCUGCCGAGAUCGCGCAAGCGCUCCGUGCCGACACCAUCGUCAGCGUCAUCAAGUCGUCCAACAAUCCGCAGACCUUCCAACAUGCGCUGCUUCUGUUGUCCAAGAUCGCCAGCAUUGCUCCCGAGACUGUACUGCACAACGUCAUGCCCAUCUUCACGUUUGUUGGCUCGACCGUGUUGCAGCGUGAUGAUGCGUUCAGCUUUUCGGUCGUCGAAAAGGUGCUGCAGAGCAUCGUGCCUGCCCUGGUCAACUCGUUCAGGGCUAGCGAUGCUGCCAAGAAGAGCAAGUUUGCACUGCUGUGCGAGGCAAGGGCCUUUGUGCGCAUCUUUACCGACGCUGCUGCGCACGUACCUCGUCACCGAAGACAGACGUUCUUCCGCCUUCUGGUCGAUAUCCUGGGCGCUGACGACUUUGCGGCUGCUGUGGCCAUGUUGCUUGUCGACCGAUCAGCUCACAAGAUUGUCAAGCAGUCUCGAAGUGACGCUGAGCAGACACUGCAGCUCCCUCUCGCUGUUGUAUCGCCUCACAGCGCCAUGGUGCAGGUUCGCGUGCUUCACCAGGUCUGGGAAGAGGUCCUGAGGAUCUGGGCAAACCGCGAUGAGACUGAAUCGCUCAGUGAGCUUGUUUUCCUCGACCGGGCUGGACGUCUUGACAAGGAACACGUCGACCACGAAUCUGAACCGCUGCGACAAAUUCAGGCGCUCAUUAUGCUGAUUCGCCAAGUUCUAGUCUCAAAGGCUUUUGCGGAUCAGAUGGGUAAAGUCGCAUCCAACCAGAUCGGUGAAGAGCUCGAGACCUUCAUUCGACUCGCGCUCGAAACGGUGGCGAGCGUUCGUUCGAGCCAACCGACGAUUGCUGGUCUUGCACUUGAGGUGUUGGAUGCUGCCAUGCCUUUCGCGCCGGUCGACAAUGUGUUGGCUGUCGUGUCAGGUCUGGUAGAAGGACAGGAUGUGGCGCACAGGACGAGUGGAUUCUCCCUGUUCGCUAGUCGCGUUGGCGCUAUGUCUCCAACAUCUACCGAUCGCGCAGCUGUGGCCGCCUACACGCCGACUAUCGUGAAAGAAGCCAUCGAGGUCAUCGCGACUUCUCUCGCCACCCCGCCCGCCGGCGCCGAUGCCGAGUCUCUGCGUCAAGCCGCUCUGGAUGCUCUCAAGACGGUUUCGUCGUCAGCGCAGACGGCUGAACACGCAACCCUGGCUUCGGCUCUUCCCACCUUGAUCAAGCUCGGCAAGACCAGUGCCGAGUCGGAGCGUGUCCAGCGUGCAGUGCCAUGGGCAGCACGCAUCAGUGUCUUCUCGAUCACACGCCGUCUCGCCACCAAGCUGGGCCCGCGUCUCAUCCCUCACAUUGCUGCGCUUGUGCCGUUCUGCUUGUCCGUGAUCUCGAGGAGUGCUUCGGCUACUGUUGGUUCAGCCGAUGCCGUACAGGACGAGUCGGAGAACGAGAAGGGGCGCGCUGCUGCGGCUGGCGUCAAUUCGAACAAGGCCGUGCUUCGUACGGGUGCGUUGGAUACGUUGACGGGUCUCUUUGGCUCGGUGUCGACGUUCAUGAGCUCGUACGUUGCGCAGAUCAUCCGAAUGUCGAUCUCUCCCGAGCUGAAGAAGGCCAUGUCGAGCGUCAGCGGGUCGUCGACAGCUAGCGAGCGAUCGCUGAAUCUGCUCGUUUCGACGCUUAUACGCAAGACGGUCGCAAACCAACUGUUUGAGGCAACCUUUAAGGUGUGGGACCAAGAGCUUGCUGUGGCGGAAAACGACGAUGCUGUCGAGCGUCUGGUCGGCAUUUCCGAAUUCCUCGGCCGGGCGCUCCGCCAGAGCGAUCGCGAGGCCAUCAGCGCCACAUACAAGCUCGUCUACCGUUUCCUGCUACGUGCACUCGACCUUGGUCGAAUCAACGUUGCGGGCAACGGCAAACUCUCACGCGCAUCGAUCGCUCGUAUCGAAACGAGCCUGGUUUCGCUGCCGUUUAUGCGCAUGGUGCUCAAGCUCAACGAGGCAUCGUUCCGACCCUUGUUCAUGCGCAUGUUUGACUGGGCUGUCCUGGAUCUGGUGGAUGGCGACGAGGUGGAUGUGCAUUCCGAGGAAACCGACGCCAUUGUAGCUCGACAAGUGGUGCUCUUCAAGACGUUCAACGCUCUUUCCGAGACACUGCGCAGUCUGGUGUCGUCGUACUACGCGGUGCUGCUGGAUCAGGUGAUUGAACUGCUGAGCACGUGGAGCAAGCUUGCGGCACGCGCCACGGUGGCACAUCAGAGCAUGCAACGCGAGCUGUGGAACGAGGUGAUGCGAUCGAUUCAGCUCUCGGCCAAGCACGAUGAAGGCAUCUUCUGGAACCCCAGCCGAGUCGCAAAGAUCAUUGGACCGAUCUUGGAUCAGAUGAACCUGCUCAACGCCAGUUGGAAUGACAAGAAGCGGUUCAUCGAGGCCGAAGAAUUUGUUGGCGCAGUGGCGCCUGUGGUGGUUGGAUUGCUCAACAAUGUUAACGACCAAGCCACGCUCAAGCUGUUCAACUCAAGCUUGCUGCAACGUGCUUCAGCGACGCGCGCGACCAACAGCAGUCUGAUUCGAUCCACAGCUACGCAGCUCCUGACGCACAUGUGGGCCGCACAGAACGACCAGCUGCUAGCGUUGGUACCAGAGACUAUCGCCCAACUCUCCGAGUUGCUCGAAGACGACCAUCAGCCCAUCGUCGCAUACGCGAAUCAAUUCAGGUCCCACAUCGAAGCCGCGCUCGGCGAGAGUCUCGAGUCGUACCUCACCUAA